AUGGAUCAACACAAGUCAACAUCUGAACCACCAGCAAAGAGAUUAUUCUUGAUUGUGGGAGAUGGCUUGAGAGCUGACAAGACUUUCAAGAAGUUGUUACACCCUGGUACAGGUGAAGAGAAGUACUUGGCUCCCUACUUACGUUCUUUGGUGGAGACUGAAGCAACCUGGGGCAUUUCGAAUACCAGAAUGCCUACAGAAUCUCGUCCAGGUCACGUUGCUAUGAUUGCAGGCUUCUACGAGGAUGUUAGUGCUGUUACAAAAGGUUGGAAAGAGAACCCUGUCGAUUUUGAUUCUUUCUUUAACCAAUCCACGCACACUUACUCUUUCGGCUCGCCAGAUAUUUUGCCUAUGUUUGCCUACGGUGAUAAUGUGGUACCUGGUAGAAUUGAUGUCUGUAUGUACGGGCAUGAGUUUGAGGACUUCACUCAAAGCUCCAUCGAGCUCGACUCCUUCGUUUUCAAGCAUUUCUAUGAGUUGAUGGACCAGUCUUCCACCAACCAGACGCUUCACAAUGAAUUGCACCAAGAAGGUAAUGUCUUUUUCUUGCAUCUUCUCGGACCAGACACUGCUGGACAUGCUUACAGACCCUAUUCUGCUGAAUACUAUGACAAUAUUCAGUAUAUUGAUAAGGAGCUUGAAAAACUUAUCCCUCGGAUUCACGAGUUUUUCGGUGAUGAAGAUUCUGCAUUUGUUUUCACAGCUGAUCAUGGAAUGUCUGACUUCGGUUCUCAUGGUGAUGGUCACCCAGACAAUACUAGAACUCCAUUGAUUGCAUGGGGUGCUGGUGUGAACAAGCCUGUUUUGGCUGAUGAUGCCCAGAAGGUUAAACAACAACCAGUUGCGAGUGGCUAUGAAGCUGAGUACUUUGACACUUGGGCAUUGGAUCACUUGGCUCGUCACGAUGUGAACCAGGCUGAUAUUGCAUCAUUGAUGGCAUAUCUUAUUGGUGCAAACUACCCAGCGAAUUCCGUCGGCGAAUUGCCAUUACCAUACAUUGACGGCUCUGCUCUCAGUAAAGUUAAAGCUUUGUAUGAAAAUGCAUUGGCUGUUCUGGAGCAAUACCUUGUCAAGGAAAGUGAGGUGUACGAUCACCAAUUCCAGUACAAGCCGUAUGAUCCAUUCGUCAAGAAACCCAUUGCUCAAUACAAGGUUGAGAUACCUGAACUCAUUGCUAAGCUUGAGCUGAGCCCAAGUGAUGCUAUCGAGGCAGAAGCAAUCGCUCUUACUGAGGAGCUUAUGAAGGCAUCGUUAGAUGGUUUGAACUACUUACAAACUUACAACUGGCUCUUGUUGCGUUCGAUCGUUACGUUAGGGUUCUUCGGUUGGAUUGGCUACUCCUUCAAUGUCUUUUUGAAGCUCUUUAUCCUCAAAGAUUUUGAGCAACCCCCUCCAUCCACGAGACUCUUAGUUGCAUUUGGUGGUAUCGCAUUGUCCCUCAAUUACUUAUUGUUUUACCAGCACUCCCCGUUCAACUACUACAUGUAUGCGGCUUUCCCGCUUUACUUCUGGUACACUCUUUUCAAUGAGAGCUCCCUUUUCUUCAAGGGUAUACAUGAUUUCUUCUUUGGCAUUUCGGGUCCAGUCAAAAUCUUUACUUUUGCCAGUUUUAUUGGAAUGUAUGAAGGAAUUGUCUAUGGUUUCUUCAACAGGAUUAUAUUCUCAGUAAUUUUCGUGAUGAUUGGUCUUUAUCCCUUCCUUGUCCUGAAGAAAAUUGACCUUCAAGUCCUGCUGCUUUGGUUCAUCAGUUGUUGCAGUAUGUGUAUCUUUACUAACUUGGACGCUGUUAAGGUUGAAAGCUUGUGGCAGAUCAAUGUCAGUGCUGUUGCAGCAGUCGUUGUGGGCAUUGUUGGGGCAAAGAGCGUCUUCAAGAGGGGUGUCAGCUCAUACAAUAAGAAACUUAUUGGAGCCCAAAUUGUUGAUUCGUUGCUUACAUUAUAUGCUACAAACAUUUCUGUGAAAUCCUUGCAGGCGAGGAAUGGUCUUCCUUUGUUCUCGCAGGUUCUCGGAUGGGUCACAUUUUUGGUUUCACUUUUCGUGCUUCCUACCUUGUACUUCCUCCGUCCUUCCACCGAUUACCAGCUUAGACUUUUGAUCAUUUAUUUGACGUUCGUUCCAACGUUUAUUAUCUUGACCAUUUCCUUUGAGCUCUUCUUCUACGUGGGUUUCUCAUUGGUCUUGUUACAGUGGUUGAACAUCGAAACCAAAUUGAAAAUGACUAAACAAGAGUUUGAAGACUCUAAGCGGAACAGUCUUAACUUACCAGAAGGUUACUGGCUUCAGACUAUCCGUGUCUCGAUUGUUGGCUUCUUUUUCUUGCAAUUCGCCUUCUUUGGUACGGGUAACGUUGCUUCCAUUUCGUCAUUCUCCUUGGACUCUGUCUACAGAUUGAUUCCUAUUUUUGACCCCUUCCCUAUGGGAGCACUUCUCAUGCUCAAAUUGGUCAUCCCAUAUAUUCUUUUGUCGUCAUGCUUUGGUAUCAUGAACCAUCAGCUCGAGAUCAAGAAGUUCACCAUUUCCACCCUCAUCAUCUCCACAUCAGACUUUUUGUCGUUGAAUUUCUUCUACCUUGUGAAGACUGAGGGAUCAUGGCUUGAUAUUGGUGUCACGAUUUCUAACUAUGUUUUGGCCAUUUUAUCCUCACUUUUCAUGCUUAUUCUCGAACUUGUGAGUACCAUUAUUCUCAGAGGUGUGGAAUUCGAGAGUGAUGAGGACAGAGCCAAGAGAAAGCAGGAAAAGAUCCAAAAUAUAAUUAAGGAUGAAACUCCAAUCAGCGAAAGGGUGAGAAGUCGCAAACGUGUUUAG